UCUUUUUCUCUGUUCUGUCAAUUCACUAAAGUGUUAAGGUAAGUUUACUCUUUCUUAUUGCAAAAAGCUUUAAUAUCUAUUUAUGUUCUUUCAUUUCUAUCCUUUUCAUUUUAUCUCCUAUACUAAUCACAUAAUCAAACUAGUUUUUUUUAAUUGCAGGCUCCUUGUUCUGUUUUGCUGUGUCAGAAUCAGGAGUCAUUAAACCGUUUAGAGGUUAACUGUCUAAAAUUCUGAAUAGCGGCUAUAAAAUUUUCAACUUCCACUAAUAUCUUGAAAUAUUUAAAUUGCUGCUCUGUUAUUUAUUUUUCAUUGAAUAAUCCAAUCUCAACCACAGGACAAUAAUUUUCUUGAAGGUAUUGAAUGAUGGCUUUCUCUAGCAAGUUGGUUUUACGAGGAUUUGCUACAUCCACCUAUUUGAAUAGCAUCAAGCAUGUGACCGUUGUCGGAGGAGGAUUGAUGGGAUCUGGAAUCGCUCAGGUAGCUGCUCAGAGUGGACAUAAUGUAACCCUCGUGGACUUGAACGAGCAAGUCUUGCAGAAGUCGAAGGGAAGCAUUGAAAAGAGCUUGCAGCGAGUAGCUAAGAAAAUGUACAAGGAUCAAGAAGCUGAAGCCAAGAAGUUUAUCACAGACUCUGUGAGUAGAAUCAGUGUGUCUUCAGACUUGAAGGAUGUUGUCAAAAAUACAGAUCUUGUCGUUGAAGCAAUCGUGGAGAAGAUGGAAGUAAAGCACAAACUUUUCUCCGAAAUCGACCCGGUGGCUCCUGAAUCGACCAUCUUUGCUUCGAACACUUCUUCGCUGUCAAUCACUGAAAUAGCAUCAGUUACCAAGAGGAAGGACAGAUUUGCUGGUCUCCACUUCUUCAAUCCAGUUCCAGUGAUGAGAUUAGUUGAGGUGAUCCGUAUAGCAGACACGUCUGACGCCACCUACAACCAGGUGAUGGAGUGGACCAAGGCUAUUGGCAAGACUCCCAUCACCUGCAAGGACACGCCCGGAUUCGUUGUCAACAGGCUGCUCGUGCCCCUCCUCUGCGAAGCCGUCAGAAUGAUGGAGCGAGGUGAUGCUUCUGCUAAGGACAUAGAUAUUGCAAUGAAACUAGGUGCUGGAUACCCAAUGGGGCCUCUUGAGCUUGCUGACUAUGUUGGUCAUGACACCACUCUGUCCAUUGUUGAAGGUUGGCAUAAGAAGUUCCCAGACAACCCUCUUUUCGAGCCUAUGAAGUCAAUGAAGGAGCUUGUGAAAGCUGGUAAACUUGGAGUCAAAUCGGGUGAAGGCUACUACAAAUACACCAAAUGAGGUUAAGACUUAUCAGAUCUAAAUGUGGAUACAAUCUGCCUGUUGAAGAAUUCAGUUCUUGCUGGAAUGGAAGUAAAAACAAUAUUUUAUCAUUAGUCUCCAAAAAUCAAUGCAAUCAAUUUCAAAAGCUGUUAAGUGUAUUUUAGAUGAAAAAUAGCUAUUUUUUAAAAACAUUGUAAACUGAAUGUCGUUUGUUGAUCUUCAAUUAUAUAUUUUUUUAAUAUACGAUAGAAUCUCUGU